GCUUUGGUGGAGGCUGCGGCAGCUGUAAAUCCUCGGCUCUGAUCCAAGAUACAGAUUUCAGGAUUCUAUACACAAGAAAAACCUUAGAAGUCAGGGCUGGGCAGGCAGGAGCCAGGAGAGUGGCUACAAUGACUUCAGCAGUCCUGGUGGACAUCCAGGAUGAAGUGACCUGCCCCAUCUGCCUGGACCUCCUGACAGAACCCCUGAGCAUAGACUGUGGACACAGCUUCUGCCAAGCCUGCAUCACAGGGAAUAGCAAGGAGUUGGGUAUUGGCCAAGAAGAAGAGAGCAGCUGUCCUGUGUGCCAGACCAGCUACCAGCCUGGGAACCUGCGGCCCAAUCGGCACCUGGCCAACAUAGCGGAGAGGCUCAGAGAGGUGGUGUUGGGCUUGGGGAAGCAGCUGAAGGUGAUUCUUUGUGCGCACCAUGGAGAGAAACUCCAGCUCUUCUGUAAGGAGGAUGGGAAGCUCAUUUGCUGGCUGUGCGAGAGGUCCCAGGAGCACCGUGGUCACCACACGUUCCUCAUGGAGGAGGUUGCCCAGGAGUACCAGGAGAAGUUCCAGGAGUCUCUGAAGAAGCUGAGGCAAGAGCAGCAGGAAGCUGAGAAACUAACAGCUGUUAUCAGAGAGAAGAGGGCAUCCUGGAAGAGUCAGAUGGAACCUGAGAGACACAGGAUCCAGAAGCAGUUUGAUCAGUUGAGGAGCAUCCUGGACAGAGAGGAGAAGCGGCAGCUGAAGAAGCUGGAGGAGGAGGAGAGGAAGGGGCUGAACAUCAUAGCAGAAGCCGAGGGUGAGCUGAUGCAGCAGAGCCAGUCCCUGAGAGAGCUCAUCUCAGACCUGGAGCGCCGGUGUCAGGGAUCAACAACGGAGCUGCUGCAGGAUGUGAGUGAUGUCGCGAAAAGGAGUGAGUUCUGGACCCUGAAGAAGCCAGAAGCUCUCCCCACCAAGCUGCAGAGUAUGUUUCGAGCCCCAGAUCUGAAAAAGAUGCUGCGAGUGUUUAGAGAGCUGACAGAUGUCCAGAGCUACUGGGUGGACGUGACUCUGAAUCCACACACGGCUAAUUUAAAUCUCGUCCUGUCUAAGAACCGGAGACAGGUGAGAUUUGUGGGCACUCAGCUGUCUGGGUCUCAUCUGGAAGAGCAUUAUGGCUGUGGUGUCCUGGGCUCUCGGCACUUCUCCUCAGGAAAGCAUUACUGGGAGGUGGACGUGGCCAAGAAGACUGACUGGAUCUUGGGGGUGUGCAGUGAUUCAAUGGGACCUACGUUCUCUUUCAACCAGUUUGCGAACAAUCGGAAUGUUUACUCCCGAUACCAGCCUCAAAGUGGAUACUGGGUGAUUGGGUUACAUCAUAAGCACGAAUACAGAGCCUACGAGGAAUCGUCCACCUCCUUGCUCCUCUCCAUGAUGGUGCCCCCUCGCCGAAUUGGGGUGUUCUUAGACUAUGAGGCUGGCACGGUCUCCUUUUACAAUGUCACCAACCACGGCUUCCCCAUCUACACCUUCUCUAAGUAUUACUUUCCUACCACCCUUUGUCCGUAUUUUAAUCCUUGCAACUGUGCAGUCCCGAUGACCCUGCGUCACCCAAGCUCUUGAACUUUCUGCUGUUCCCACCAUCUGAGCCGUACCCUCUACUCCAAGGCUCUUCUGCAUCUCAGUUUCUCCUUUCUUACCUCCGAUUUUCCUGUGUUCUCACUCCUUUCCUGUUGAACAUUUACUCAGUGCUGGAGUUGAGUAACCCAGUGGUGACUGAACAUCCUUGACAGAUUAAUUACAGAUCUUGAGAUGGGUGAGGGGUAGCUGUCAACAUUUUUCCUUUUUUUUUUUUUAAAGAAAGAAUUGGAAAAUUUUAUUCGAGCCAAAUUUGAGGAUUAUAACCUGGGAAGAGCAUCUCAGAAAGCUCAGAACUGUUCCCUCAACAUUUUACCAUUAAGCAUGGUAUUUGGUGGAGAUUUUUCUUUGUUGAUAUA